AUGGCUUGCCAGACAACACUUCCUGCCUCGUGGUAUACUAGCAAGGCCAUCUAUGGUCUCGAGAGGCGAGCCAUCUUUCUCAAGAGCUGGAUUCUCCUGGGCGCCGUCACCAAAUGGCCCAACGCCCAAGAAGACUACCGCUGCGAGUUGGCGCAGGUCAGCUACACUAUCCGGCGGUCUUCUGCUGAUUGGAAGACGGUCAAGAUCUUUUCCGACUCUGGUUCGGAAAUACGUAGCCACUUGACGAGAGGCGGCUUGCUCUUCAUGACCUUGUCCGACGAGACAGUCAGCUUCCAAGAAUUCUUCCCAGGCCUAGAAGAGCUGAUCAAGGACGUCGACUUUACUGAUCUGCCACUUCGUCGACCUCUCAAGUAUGUCGGCAACUACAACUGGAAAGCCAUGGUCGACGGAUACCAGGAAUGCCUUCACUGCGCCUACGCUCAUCCCGAGUUUUCCAAAAAGUACAAGCCCACCACUUACAGGGUCGUCAACAGACACAACUACUCUCAACAUCUCGCGGGCCCCAGUGAAGCCAAUGACGGGCUGUUUGUGUAUCUGUUCCCAAACUCGACACUGAGCAUCUAUGGCGGCGGCAUGACCUCUUGGCGCGUGUGUCCGUUGGAGGAGCCUGGCAACAGUGUUAUGGAGUUUGAUUACUACCAUGCUGCACCUGUCGGCUCCGAAGAGUUUGAGGACUACUACAAGUUCACUCGCACAGUCGCCUUGGAAGACAUUGAGCUGUGUGAGAGAACGCAGCAGAAUCUCAACAUCGGCAUCUACACCGAGGGCACUCUCAACCCGAACAAGGAGAAUGGUGUAGUCUACUACCAGAGCCGAGUGCUAGAGAUGUGCUCUGCUCAGUUCGAAAAGGACAGGCUCAAGUCCAAUGCGUCACCGCCUCCACCUCUAGACUCUACGGCUCAGGUCGCAGAGGUGUCUCCGGCUUAA